CACAACUGGGCUCACACAUACACAACCAGGGCUCACACACACACAGCCGGACUCACCCCCACACCCCACCCCAGCAAGGCGUCCCACAGGGCGAGGAUGUUCGGCAAGAGCGUGGUGCUGCGCAGUGCGGGGGUGCUGUCGGCGGCCGAGCUGGGCUGCCUGGUGAAGGAGGAGGACGUGGUGCGGCACGAAUCCUUCACGGCCGAAUGGAGGGACCUGUCGCUCUCCACCAGGCCCGAGGAGCACUGCUCCCUGCGGGAGGUGGACGAUUGGCGCAAGGAGACGUACUGGCAGCAGCAGGAGACGCGCUUCGUGGUGCAGCGAUCGCCCUGGCUCAUCCUGAGGCUGGGCCGGCUGGGCGAGCGCCUGGCCCGCUACCACCUGCCCUACCAGCGGGCGCUGCCCCUGCCCCUCUUCGUGCCGGCCGACCUGAGCGCCAAGGCCGAGCGGGGAGCCACCCCGCCCCAGCUGCGCCACAUGAUGGACUUCGAGACGGCGCUGGCCGGGGGCUCCCUGCCCAACGGGCAGUGCCAGGACAAGAAGGCCGUGGAGGAGAUCACCAAGGAGCUGCCCCCCGUCGUCCAGCCCAGCCGGCCCGACUUCGGCAAGGGUGACUUCCCCCGCUCCCUGUCCCGCUCCAUGUCCCAGGAGGCGCAGAGGGGCUGAGGGGCCGGGGCACGGACCUGCCCGUAGGACUCUGCGUUCCCAGCUCACGGCUCCCCCUGCAUGAGAAAUACCCACAGUGAGCCGGGCAACGCGGGGUUACUGUAGAGGCCCAUCCCCGGGCCAAAGCCAUCCCGGGCGUAAGCUCAGCGAGGUUACGCUGUGGCUGCAUGUGGCUUUUUGAGUUAGACGGUGAGCUCUGUGGGGCUGGGACCAUGGGUUCGUACAGCACCAUGCAUGCUGAUGGGGUUGCAAGCGGAACGCUGUCUCUUUAAGAACAGCCUUCCCGGCUGAGCUGUCGAUCAGCUGUCAGCAAGCCUGUCACAGCAGCUGAUGAUCCAGUGGGGGAGGGGAGUGUGGGCUAGUGGUUAGAGCAGUCAGGGGCAGGGAGCCAGGACGCCUGGGUUCUAGCCCCAGCUUCGGCACAGGAGUGUUGGCUAAUAGGUAGCGAAAUGGAGGGAGCUGGGAGCCAGGAUUCCUGGGUUCUAGCCCCAGCUCCGGCAGAGGAGAGUUGGGUAGAG